GGCCGGCUCUCGCGACGUGAAGCCGGAGCCCGGCUGCUGGCGCGUUGGAGGUGUAGAGCGUCCCUGUGGCGUGGUGAAGGGCUGGCCCCAUGGCGGAGAUAAUUCAGGAACGCAUAGAAGAUCGUAUUCCCGAGUUGGCGCAGCUGGAACGCGUUGGGCUGUUCAGUCACGCGGAGAUAAAGGCUAUCAUUAAGAAGGCUUCUGAUCUAGAAUAUAAAAUACAGCGAAGAACCCUUUUCAAGGAAGACUUUAUCAAUUAUGUUCAAUAUGAAAUUAAUCUAUUGGAGCUCAUCCAGAGAAGAAGAACACGCAUUAAAUACUCAUUUAAGAGGGAUGAAAUAGAGAAUUCUAUUGUACACCGGGUACAAGGAGUCUUUCGACGUGCUUCAGCGAAGUGGAAAGAUGAUGUUCAACUUUGGCUGUCCUAUGUAGUUUUUUGUAAAAAAUGGGCUGCCAAAGAGCAACUGAGCAAGGUGUUCUCUGCCAUGUUGGCCAUUCAUUCAAACAAGCCAGCUUUGUGGAUUAUGGCAGCCAAGUGGGAAAUGGAAGACCGUUUAUCUUCAGAAAGUGCAAGACAGCUAUUUCUUCGGGCUCUACGUUUUCAUCCAGAGUGCCCGAAACUUUAUCAAGAAUACUUUAGGAUGGAGUUAAUGCAUGCUGAGAAACUGAGGAAGGAAAAGCAAGAACUUGAAAAAGCUGACAUGGAUGAUCUGAGGAAUCUUGAUUAUCCUCAAGAAAUCCUUAAGGGCGAGUUGGCACGGAUCAUCUACAAAAAUUCUGUAAGCAUAAUUAAAGGUGCAGAAUUUCAUGUGUCCUUGCUUUCAAUUGCACAGCUAUUUGACUUUGCCAAAGACCUACAAAAAGAAAUUUAUGAUGACCUUCAGACUCUACACACAGAUGACCCUCUCACUUGGGAUUAUGUGGCACGGCGAGAAUUAGAGAUUGCGUCAACACCAGGAGAAGAGCAGCCUACAACGAAGUCAGCCAAAGCACUGGAGGUGUGCCGGAGGGAGGAGAGGUGCAGUGCAGUAUAUGAGGAGGCCCUGAAGACUUUGCCUACGGGGCCCAUGUGGAAGUGUUACAUCAACUUUUGCUUGGAAAGAUUUUCUAAGAAGACAAACAGUGAAUUUCUCAGAGGGAAGAGGCUGGAAAGAACCAUGAUUGCAUUCAGGAAGGCACAUGGACUGAUGCUGCUGUCAGAAUCCCAGUACAAGCAGUGGAUUGAGUUGUUGCUGCACCAGGAGUUGUUUACGGAAGCGUCAGAGGUGGCGGUAGCUGGGACGGACUUGUUUAAGGACUCUGGGACGAUGUGGCAGAUGAGGCUGCGGGUGCUGAUCGACUCACAGAGCCCUGGCGUGGACAAGCUUGUUGAAGAAGCCUUCCUGCAUCUGAAACCCCAGGCUUGUGUGCCAUUGUGGAUAUCUUGGGCCGAGUGGAGUGAAGGUGCCAAAAGUCAAGAGGACACUGAAGCAGUCUUUAAGAAAGCUGUCUUAGCUGUCAUGGGUCCUGACUCAAUAACUCUGAAGGACAAGUACCUGGAUUGGGCUUAUCGAAGUGGUGGAUACAAAAAGGCCAGAGCUGUGUUUAAAAGUUUACAGGAAAGCCGUCCAUUUUCAGUCGAUUUUUUCAGGAAAAUGAUCCAGUUUGAAAAGGAGCAAGAAUCCUGCAAGAUGGCAAAUUUAAGAGAGUUUUAUGAAAGGGCUUUGAGAGAGUUUGGAUCUACAGAUUCUGAUCUUUGGAUGGAUUACAUCAAAGAGGAGCUGAGCCACCCACUUGGCAGACCUGAGAACUGUGGACAGAUCUAUUGGCGAGCGAUGAAAAUGCUGCAGGGAGAGUCAGCAGAAUUGUUUGUGGCUAAGCACGCCAUGCACUAGGCUGGCCAUCAGUGACAAGGAAGGACACAGCCAAUGGUGUGAUGUUGCAUUGCAGGCUCAAUGGGCAGACUGUAUUAUGAGUCAAUCCGUGACUUGUUCAGAAUGGCAGAAGGGAUGUCUGCCUGAUCUUGAGACAUACUUUAAUUUUUUAUUAAUUUGUUAAUGUUUAAGUCCAGAAAAAAGAACUACUGAUUUCGUAUCUACUUGUUGAGCCCAUGGGUCCUCAAUGUUCUCUCUGCCUUAUGGAAAUCCUACAGCUGAGUUUAAUUUAUUAUCUCAGGUCCAGCAUACAUAUCUCUAAUUCAGAUCUUGGAGUCCGUUAAAGUGGAGGAGAAAGUACAGUUUUGCUAGUUUAUUGUUUACUCUUAUCUUACUUUAAAAGUAUACAUGAUUUGAGUUUGUUCUAGAAAAUAUGGAGGGAAAAGGACAGUGUGGAGAAGACAGUGAAAGCAUCCUGUAACCCAUCUAGAGAUUACUCAGUAAUUUGAUCAGAAUCGGAUAUAUAGAAUCACAUCAUUUACUCAUUCAUUCGUUCAAGAAAUACUCGCAUGCCCGUCAUGUGCAGUAAAGAAAGGGAGGGUUUGGGGGAUGGAAGGUGGGGUUGGGAAAGGACUGCUUACGAGCCAGGUGAAGCAGCGGAGAAGGAGGUGCUGGGUACUGGGGAAAGUGGCUGAUGGAGAAGGUUGAGACAGACAGUGUUUAAAGUCUCCCUGAACUGAGGAGCAGAGGAGGCACAGCAACAAAACCAGGGCAAGGGCGGAGAGUAGGGGCAGAGGGCCAGAAGUGCCUCUGCAGGGAGGCAUGGGAGGAUGGCUUGGUGAAGGGGAUUGUUUGAGGCACUGCCCUUAACUUAACAUCUUACAUCACCGAGAGAAGCAUUCAGUGAGGUUUUACCUCAUUCUCUGUUUCACUUAAUACUAUGUUAUAUCCCCAGGUCAUUAAAUAGCUUUAAAUACAUUCAAUGUGUUCCUAACACUGUGUUGGAAAAAUGAGCCAGGACUGAACUUUGCUGAUUCCCUUGUCAUUUUUGAUGACGAUUUUUGUCAGUCUUUGUUUGUAUGCCUGGUUAUUUCCUUAGGAGUGACAGCUGCCAGUGGAGUACUGGAUUGGAGGAUGUAACUUUUAGAGCCUAUUGUUAAGAAUUGCCGCUUUGCUCCUUCUUUCAAGCAGCGUAUGAAUAAAGUGGCAACAUUCUGGCAUCUAUUGGAUAUUAAAAAAACAUUUUGUCUUUUUCCCAUUUUAAUAGGUGAAAAGUGAUAUGUCAUUGAUUUAACAUGCAAUUCUUUGAUAUUAGUGUUUUUUUGUGUCUUACCUUUACACAUUCUUAGAUUUUUAAAAACUUUUUCUUGCUAAUUUAUGAGAUUUUUUAUAUAUUAAAAUGUUAAUCUUUUGUAUCUCAUUUGUUGUAAAUAAUUUUUACUUCUA